GUCGGGAGGCGCGCGGAUUUCUCUUUAUCGAAAGUUUCACCUCGUGUAUAUUUGGGACGCUCUUCUCUUCCAAGGCGGCGUUCUGAAAGUUUGGCGAGGGAGAGCGACGGCCUCCAUCCUAUGAUCGUGACGAUGGAUUUAUGUCUACGUUGUUUGCGGCCCGUAAUGGAGGUACACACCUGUAUGUACGCGUACAUCUCUAACAAAUUCAAUGAUUUCGUCGUUUCCUUUGCAGAGCACAAUGACGGGUGAUCCCCAAUGGGUGUAGGCCAGUGUCACAUCACCCGCACUUGCUUCGUAGUCGUGUCGCCUGAGCUGCCUGACAUGGCUAUUGCAACGCGUUUCGCCUCCUUUGUCUGGAGUUCCCAUGCAUGCUAAUAGUAAUGCUGCGUAGGUCUCCAAUCGAGACUGGCCGCCUCGAACCACAGCGUGCGCAGCAAGUCAUGACUCGUUAUGAUACGACCUAGUCGGAAGUCAUCUGGGUGCGGCGUAUGUCAAACAGAAUACAGUGCGACCAUGCGGGCAGUGACUAAUCUCCACAUCGCGUUGGGCUUUAGCAGCGGCGACAUACAGGGCCGCCGAGGAUAUGGACGAAUCAUCCUACUUCGCUGUUCCUUCGGCUCAAGCAUCCCCGACCGAGGGCAAGCCCAAGGCGGACUCAACCACAAAUAUCCUUCGGCGGAGAAGCAGCGAGCUCCUGCUCUGGGAGCUCGUAGAUGGGUUGAACGGUUCCUCACUGUGAACCAAGGGCGGUACCACCGGCAGGGGCGCCAGCGGUCCUGCCAGUGGUGGAGGGUAUCCCUCCGGAAGCCAUCCUCUCCUCUCAAAGGAAGUCGUCAAGUCUUUUGUUACGUUUCAGGCGACCCGCCCGACUCGGACGGACUCCAAGGAGUUUGGGAGACAAUAUGCGAUUGUCAUGCCCGCGGAGUCGAGCCCGUCUGUGCAAUGGCACUCGGCUCGCAACCUCUCGUUGCGAGCUGCUCGAGAUCGAGCUGCGCCCGGGAUGAGAGCACUGGCGUGGCGGCCCCGUCAAAGUCGGGCGCACGUACUAUCCUUCCCGAUGCCGGCAGGUGGGUCUGGCAACGUGGCUUGUGGGGAUGACCACGAGUACUAGGCGAGGAUGAUCGAGGACGAGCUUGACUGAGUGCGGUGAAUCUGAUGUAUUUAGUACCUGCGAAGCGCGUACCCAAGUUGUAUCAACGUAUCAUAGUUGUUGUCUUGCAUAUUGAAG